AUGACUACGGUAGCGGUACAUGUGGACUCUAAAGCUGAGCUCACUACCCUGCUGGAGCAGUGGGAAAAGGAACAUGGCAGUGGGCAGGACAUGGUACCUCUUCUUACCAGGAUGUCUGAAUUGAUUGAAAAAGAAACUGAAGAAUAUCGUAAGGGGGAUCCAGAUCCAUUUGAUGAUCGACAUCCUGGUCGAGCUGAUCCAGAGUGUAUGCUGGGCCAUCUGCUGAGAAUACUCUUCAAGAACGACGAUUUCAUGAAUGCACUGGUGAAUGCAUACGUGAUGACCAGCCGAGAGCCCCCUUUAAACACUGCAGCGUGCAGACUUCUCCUGGACAUCAUGCCGGGGCUGGAAACCGCUGUUGUUUUUCAAGAAAAGGAAGGAAUUGUUGAAAAUCUUUUCAAAUGGGCCCGAGAGGCUGACCAGCCAUUGAGGACGUAUUCCACUGGGCUGCUGGGAGGCGCUAUGGAGAAUCAGGACAUUGCUGCCAACUAUAGGGAUGAGAAUUCUCAGCUGGUAGCGAUUGUGCUUCGCAGACUUCGGGAGCUCCAGCUUCAGGAAACGGCUGUGCGGCAAGAGAGCAAGCGGCCCAGCCCCCGGAAGCUCUCCUCGGAGCCCCUGUUGCCUCUGGAUGAGGAAGCGGUGGACAUGGACUAUGGCGACAUGGCUGUGGACGUAGUGGAUGGCGAACAAGAGGAAGCCGCGGGAGACAUGGAGAUCUCCUUUCACCUCGAUUCAGGCCACAAGACCAGCAGCAGAAUGAACUCAGCCACAAAGCCUGAGGAAGGAGCAUUGAGGAGGAACAAGUCAGCAAAACAGGGCGACAGAGAGAGCUUCAGGAAAGCCAAGCAGAAGCUGGGUUUCUCGGCAUCGGAGCCAGAUCGCAUGUUCGUUGAGCUGUCUAACAGCAGUUGGUCAGAAAUGUCCCCCUGGGUGAUCGGCACCAAUUACACCCUUUGUCCCAUGACCCCUGCUAUCGAACAGCGGCUCAUUCUCCAGUAUCUGACUCCUCUGGGGGAAUACCAGGAGUUACUCCCCAUAUUCAUGCAGCUGGGGUCCCGGGAGUUGAUGAUGUUCUAUAUUGACCUGAAGCAGACCAAUGACGUCCUCCUUACGUUUGAGGCACUCAAGCAUCUAGCAUCUCUCCUGCUCCAUAACAAGUUUGCCACAGAAUUUGUUGCACAUGGUGGAGUACAGAAAUUACUGGAAAUUCCUCGUCCCUCUAUGGCUGCAACUGGUGUGUCCAUGUGCUUGUAUUACCUGUCCUACAACCAGGAUGCCAUGGAGAGGGUUUGCAUGCAUCCCCACAAUGUCCUGUCUGAUGUGGUGAACUAUACCCUGUGGUUAAUGGAAUGCUCUCAUGCCUCGGGAUGCUGCCAUGCUACCAUGUUUUUCUCCAUCUGUUUCUCCUUCCGGGCUGUGUUGGAGCUCUUUGACCGCUAUGACGGUCUUCGGCGCCUGGUGAACUUGAUCAGUACUUUGGAGAUUCUGAAUCUGGAAGAUCAGGGCGCACUUCUGAGUGACGAUGAGAUAUUUGCCAGCCGCCAAACUGGGAAGCACACCUGCAUGGCCUUGCGCAAGUAUUUUGAGGCGCACCUGGCCAUUAAGCUGGAACAAGUGAAGCAGUCGCUGCAGAGGACCGAAGGCGGCAUUCUGGUGCAUCCCCAGCCCCCGUACAAGGCAUGUUCGUAUACUCAUGAACAGAUUGUGGAAAUGAUGGAGUUUUUGAUAGAGUAUGGCCCAGCGCAGCUCUACUGGGAACCCGCUGAAGUCUUCCUCAAGCUUUCCUGUGUUCAGCUCUUGCUGCAGCUCAUCUCGAUUGCCUGCAAUUGGAAGACCUAUUACGCCAGGAAUGACACUGUGCGCUUUGCUUUGGAUGUCCUGGCCAUUCUUACUGUUGUGCCAAAAAUCCAGCUCCAGUUGGCAGAAUCAGUGGAUGUGCUAGAUGAGGCUGGCUCCACCGUCUCCACUGUAGGUAUCAGCAUUAUUUUGGGAGUGGCUGAGGGUGAGUUCUUUAUCCAUGAUGCUGAGAUUCAGAAGUCAGCCCUUCAAAUUAUCAUCAACUGUGUGUGUGGUCCGGAUAACCGAAUUUCCAGUAUUGGCAAGUUUAUCUCGGGAACUCCUCGGAGGAAGCUGCCUCAGACUCCCAAAAGUAGCGAGCACACCCUGGCCAAGAUGUGGAAUGUGGUCCAGUCCAACAAUGGCAUCAAGGUGCUCCUGUCCUUACUGUCCGUCAAGAUGCCCAUCACAGACGCAGACCAGAUCCGGGCCCUGGCCUGCAAGGCCCUGGUGGGCCUGUCUCGAAGCAGCACCGUCCGGCAGAUCAUCAGCAAGCUGCCCCUUUUCAGCAGCUGCCAGAUCCAGCAGCUGAUGAAGGAGCCCGUGCUGCAGGACAAGCGCAGCGACCAUGUCAAGUUCUGCAAGUACGCUGCCGAGCUCAUCGAGCGGGUGUCAGGGAAGCCCCUGCUCAUCGGCACCGACGUGUCCCUGGCUCGGCUGCAGAAGGCCGAUGUGGUUGCCCAGUCCAGGAUCUCCUUCCCUGAGAAAGAGCUGCUCCUGUUGAUACGGAACCAUCUCAUUUCUAAAGGACUCGGGGAGACAGCCACUGUGCUGACAAAGGAGGCUGACCUGCCCAUGACUGCUGCCUCCCACUCUUCCGCCUUCACCCCAGUCGCCGCUGCUGCUUCUCCUGUCUCUCUCCCUCGAACCCCUCGCAUCGCCAACGGCAUUGCAACUCGACUGGGCAGCCACGUGGCUGUGGGUGCCACUGCUCCUCCUGCCCCCACUGCCCAUCCUCAGCCACGGCCCCCCCAGGGCUCACUAGCUCUGCCCGGCCCGUCUUACGCGGGCAACUCCCCUGUGAUUGGAAGGAUCAGUUUUAUCAGAGAGAGACCCUCGCCCUGCAAUGGCAGGAAAAUCAGAGUGUUGCGGCAAAAGUCGGACCAUGGCGCCUACAGCCAGAGCCCAGCCAUAAAAAAGCAGCUGGACAGGCAUCUUCCUUCCCCACCGACGCUGGACAGCAUCAUCACAGAGUACCUGCGAGAGCAGCACGCGCGCUGCAAGAACCCCGUCGCCACCUGCCCACCUUUCUCCCUCUUCACUCCUCACCAGUGUCCUGAGCCAAAACAGAGGCGGCAGGCGCCCAUAAACUUUACCUCCAGACUGACCCGCAGAGCAUCGUUUCCAAAGUAUGGCGGGGUGGACGGCGGGUGCUUCGACAGGCACCUCAUCUUCAGCAGGUUCCGUCCUAUCUCAGUGUUCCGGGAAGCCAACGAGGAUGAGAGUGGCUUCACCUGCUGUGCAUUCUCAGCGCGGGAGCGGUUCCUGAUGCUUGGCACCUGCACUGGGCAGUUGAAGCUCUACAAUGUGUUUAGUGGACAGGAGGAGGCCAGCUAUAACUGUCACAACUCGGCCAUCACACACCUUGAACCCUCUAGGGACGGGUCCUUGCUGCUGACAUCUGCUACUUGGAGCCAGCCUCUGUCUGCACUUUGGGGAAUGAAGUCAGUGUUUGACAUGAAGCACUCCUUCACAGAGGAUCACUACGUGGAGUUCAGUAAGCACUCUCAGGACCGCGUCAUCGGCACAAAAGGAGACAUUGCCCACAUUUAUGAUAUUCAGACUGGCAACAAGCUGUUGACUCUGUUUAACCCAGAUCUUGCCAACAACUACAAGAGGAACUGUGCCACCUUUAAUCCUACAGAUGAUCUGGUCUUAAAUGAUGGCGUCCUCUGGGAUGUCCGCUCUGCGCAGGCCAUCCACAAGUUCGACAAGUUCAACAUGAACAUCAGUGGUGUUUUCCAUCCGAAUGGGCUGGAGGUCAUCAUUAACACCGAGAUUUGGGACCUUCGCACUUUCCAUCUGUUACACACAGUUCCUGCUCUGGAUCAGUGCCGAGUGGUGUUCAACCACACAGGGACAGUGAUGUAUGGAGCUAUGCUGCAGGCAGACGAUGAAGAUGACCUCAUGGAAGAGAGGAUGAAAAGCCCUUUUGGAUCGUCCUUCCGAACAUUUAACGCAACUGACUAUAAGCCCAUAGCAACCAUCGACGUGAAGCGGAACAUCUUUGACCUGUGCACAGACACCAAGGACUGCUACCUGGCUGUCAUCGAGAACCAAAGCAGCAUGGAUGCUCUCAACAUGGACACGGUGUGCAGGCUGUACGAAGUGGGCAGGCAGCGCCUGGCGGAGGACGAGGACGAGGAGGAGGACCAGGAGGAGGAGGAGCAGGAGGAGGAGGAUGACGAUGAAGAUGAUGAUGACACCGAUGAUCUUGAUGACCUUGACACCGACCAACUGCUGGAGGCGGAGUUGGAGGAGGAUGACAACAAUGAGAACGCAGGGGAGGAUGGGGACAAUGACUUCUCUCCUUCUGACGAGGAGCUGGCUAACCUUCUGGAGGAGGGAGAGGACGGGGAGGAUGAAGACUCCGAUGCAGACGAGGAAGUGGAACUGAUCCUGGGGGACACCGACAGCUCGGACAACUCUGACCUGGAAGAUGACAUCAUCUUAUCUCUGAAUGAGUGA